ACGUUCGCCGCUCAACCCGUACUCAGAGUGAGCUGUGAUCGCUAACUAAACUCAGUAUCGCGCCGACCGCCGUUGGAACCGAACGCGUUGCGGUCGCCCCUCACGCCGCGCUCCCGUGCACCUGUGCCCGUGUUGUUGCUCCGGCAGUACGUAAACAUACCUAUUACCGGCUCGAGUGGCUAGUGCGCCUCGAAGCAAAGUGAGAUCGGGAACGAGCGUCAUUCGUGCGUAUUCAAAAAAAAAAAACAUUUUUUCGAGUGACAGUUGCAUUCUGCAGGGCGGCACAGUGACAUAUCGCGUUGUGGACCAGCAUGUAGUGGAUAGUACACGGAGCACGCACGACACAAUCAAAAUGACCGACCUCAUGGUGCCGGACUGCAUCGAGGAUGAGGGGUUCGACUACGACAUCAAAACCCCUGACAUCGUGGCUGACGACAUGACGGAGUCGGGCUAUCAAGAGGGGUCAGAGACUAGCUAUGGGGAGCGGCGGGACUCUGGGGCUGGCGAAGGCGAUGGGGAAGGGGAUUCGGACAGUGGAGUGGAUGGCAGCAGCGGUUGCGGGAGCGGGUGUGCCGAUGAUUGCCCGGUAGUGUCCAUCAACGACGCUGUGGCCUACUACGACGAUAUCCGGCCGCGCCGCCGACCCGCGCCUCAACUCAACUUCUACCACCUCGACAUCGAGAGGAUGGCCUUGGACGCAGUUGUUCAGAGCGAAUCGAGCUACACCUCAUCGGAGGAGGGUUGCGGCGGCGCGGGCGGCGGGGAGCGCCACGCUGUGCUCAGCUACGAGCAGGUGCGCCGCCUCAACGAUGUCAUGGACGAGGUGGUGCCCAUCCACGGGCGCGGCAACUUCCCCACGCUGCACGUGCGCCUGCGCGAACUCGUGGCUGGAGUACGCGCGCGCCUCGAGGCGGCCGUGGCGGCGGGAGGCGCGGGCGUGGCCGUGCGCGACGUGCGCCUCAAUGGUGGUGCCGCCAGCCACGUGCUCGCCGACCGCGCGCAGCCCUACUCCGACAUCGACCUCAUCUUCACCGCGGAGCUACCCACGGCGCGCCAUUGCGACCGUGUCAAAGCCGCCGUACUGGGCCACCUGGCGGCGCUGAUGCCGCCCGCGACGCCGCGCCGUCGUGCCACUCCCGCCGGCCUCAAGGAGGCCUAUGUCUCCAAGAUGGUGCGCGUCAACUCGGACGGCGACCGCUGGUCGCUCAUCUCGCUAGGCAACUCGCGUGGCCACAAGUCAGUUGAGCUCAAGUUCGUGGACACAAUGCGCCGCCAGUUCGAGUUCUCCGUGGACUCGUUCCAGAUCGCGCUCGACUCGCUGUUAGCGUUCCACGAGUGCGCCCAACUGCCCAUCGGCGAGAACUUCUAUCCGACCGUGGUCGGUGAAUCCGUGUACGGGGACUUCGACGAGGCGCUGCUGCAUCUCACCGAGAAGCUGAUCGCGACGCGGCGGCCCGAGGAGAUCCGCGGCGGCGGUCUGCUCAAGUACUGCGCGCUGCUCGCCAAGGGCUACCGCGCCGCGUGCCCCGACAAGAUCAAGACGCUGGAGCGCUACAUGUGCUCGCGGUUCUUCAUCGACUUCCCAGAGCUGGGCCAGCAACGCGCCAAGCUCGAGGCCUACCUGCGCAACCACUUCGUGGGCCGUGAGGAGGAGGCGCUCAAGCACAGGUACCUGACACUGCUGCACGGCGUGGUGCGCGAGUCCACGGUGUGCCUGAUGGGCCACGAGCGACGGCAGACGCUGGCGCUCAUCGAGACGCUAGCAUGCCGCGAGCUGUGCGCGCGCGCGCCCAUCAUGAUGCCCGCACCCAUGGGCGCCGUGGGCGGCAUGGGCGCGAUGGGCGGCAUGGGCAUGGUGCCCGGCUACGUGGUGUGCGUGUGUGCGUGUGCGGCGUGCGCCUGCAUGUGCGCGUGCGAGUGCUGCCGCGUGCCGCUGUGCCCGGCGUGACCCGCGCGCGCCCCUCCAGUGCCAAAUGUAUAUAGUACGUACGGCGCGCGCCUCGCCCCCGGCCCGGACGAGGCCUGACCCGCCCGGACCGCCAAGACAUCUGCGCUUCGUAUACUUUGACGGUCGUCAAUUUGCUCACACUGAACCCUGAUCAAUUUUCGUCAAUUUCGGACGAUUCUUUUCUCAAUUUGCCAAUUUCGUUUGUAAGCGUUACCGGAUCGAUUGUGACGUGGGAUAAUUUCUAGUCGUACUCCUUGCGUGUUGAUCCGUUAAUAUGUUAGCAGUACGAAAAUUAUGAUCACGUGAGGAUGAGACCGGUGUCCGGUCCGGGUCGGGCCGGGUCCGGACCGCGCCCGGCCGGCGACGGUCUGCAGAAAACACUAGUUAAUUAUUUUGUAAGCUUUGUAUGUAUCAAGUGUUGGUAUUGUAGCGCCGCGUGCCUCCGGGCAGCGACAGGAGUACAGUGGGAUCAGGGCGGACUCGGGAACUUUACGAGAACAGUUUGCAUGUCUGAUAGUGUGACCGGCCGCCGCAGCGCGCCGCCGAUACAUUCACAAUCAUUGGGUAAAACUUCAGUUCCUUGGCGAAGAACUAAAAAAAAAAACUAUUUUAUUAAAUGCAUAUUUAUUCGUCUAAAAUAUUACAUAGAUUCCAUUUCGUGAGCGCUCUAGUAUUGUAUACGGCUUGGCGUGCGAAGCGACAAAUUAAGAUUACUAUUAACAUAAAAAAAUAUAAAAAUCCCAAAAAAAGUUAUAUCUAAGGUGUGUACAAUAUUAAAGUAACUCGUCUUUAUCUAGAAACACAGUAUAACGCAUAUUAUAAGAACGUUUCCGAGUAAGUAGUCGUGUACUUACGGGCGUGUCUCCUUCCCAGCCUCGUCUACAUCUCUGAAACAGUAGGCGGUAUGAAAAAAUGUGAUUUAAUUGUUAUAGAAUUAAUUAAUGUUGUCGAGGGUUAUUAUAUAAAAUUACAUAACAUUAUUAUCUAGUUACAUUCAAUAGAGAGAUAUAUUAUUGUUGUAUUUUAAUUAUAUAUAAAUAAAUAUAUAGAUAUAGAAAAGACGGUGUAAACUGUGUCCGGCCAAAAUGUGCAUGACUUAUAUAUUUGCCAACGCAUGUGUAAUAAUAUAUGUAUACAAGAAUAGCUAGGAAUGAGAUUUAUUUUUUUCUCGUAGGCUACGUAUCUGGAUGUAGAAAAGUACAAUCUGCUUCUUAGAGAUAUCUUUUUGAUCAACUUAGAGUUUUACAAACGUAUCAUUUGGAUUUUCGAACCAAAUUAUAGAUCUCAUUUUAAAGGAAAAAUUUAAUAGAUUUUGUUUCAGCUAAUGCCUUGUUGGCUUCAAAUUAACGUUAGUUAUUUAGAAGUUGCGUUUUCCAGAGAUUGUAAUUAUUAAAGGUUUCAACAAUCAGCUAAUUGAACUUCAUAAU